GCCAUGUGCUUAGUUUUAUUGUCCUUGCUCUGUAUAAAGUGAAUAUAGGAGGUGGCUGCUUUAAUGUUUUAUAUCACACCAAACCUGUUGAUAUCGACAAUGGAGAAGAUCAUCUUUUACGAGGACAAAAACUUCCAGGGUCAGUCCCACGAGUGUGACAAUGAUUCCAGUGACCUGCACACCUACUUCCCCCGCUGCAACUCCAUCAGAGUGGAGGGAGGAUUCUGGGUAGUCUAUGAAAGACCAAACUACAUGGGCUACCAGUACGUGCUAAGCCCAGGAGAGUAUCCAGACUACCAGUAUUGGCUAGGUAUCAACGAUUCCAUCAGGUCCUGUCGAAUUAUUAGAAAUGUGGGGAAUUCAUGGAGGCUGAAAGUUUGGGAAAAGCCAAACUUUGAAGGUCAGUCGAUGGAGAUGGCAGACAACUUGCCUGCCUUCCCCAAGCACUGGAAAAACAACAAUGUCCACUCUUGCAAGGUGUUCGAAGGAGCCUGGAUCUUCUUUGAGCACCCAAACUACAGGGGCCGCCAGUACCUGCUUGAGAGGGGCGAAUACAGGAGGUACGCUGAGUGGGGGGGCAUGCAGCCCAGCGUUGGAUCCAUCCGCCGGGUUAAAGAGCAGUAG